UAGCCAUUAGGAAACACAUCGCAGAUUUGUCCUUCUCGCUACUGUCGUUCAGUUGUUGCAGUACGGUGGCGGUAAGAACGAGGAUUUGCGCUCCCCUAGACUGGUUUCCGGACGUUAGCGAAACUGGACUCGGAACUGGACGGAAGGCGUAACUCCGAGAUCCCAAUAAUUAUUUGUGGACUAAACGCAAUGGAGCCAGCCUUUGGAGAGGUGAACCAGCUCGGCGGAGUUUUUGUCAAUGGCAGACCGCUACCGAACGCCAUCCGGCUGCGGAUAGUAGAGCUCGCCCAGCUGGGCAUCAGGCCUUGUGACAUUAGCAGACAGCUCCGCGUCUCACAUGGCUGCGUCAGCAAGAUAUUGGCGCGGUACAACGAGACUGGCUCUAUACUCCCGGGAGCGAUUGGAGGCAGCAAGCCCAGGGUCACCACGCCAACAGUCGUCAAGCACAUACGGACAUACAAGCAGAGAGACCCGGGUAUUUUUGCCUGGGAAAUCCGGGAUAGGCUAUUGGCUGAUGGAGUUUGUGACAAGUUCAAUCUACCAUCUGUGAGCUCCAUCAGUCGGAUCCUCCGCAACAAGAUUGGGAAUCUGUCCCAGCAGAGCCAGUAUGAGUCAACCAAGCAGUCGUCUCACCCACCACCACAAGCGACACUUCCAUACAACCACAUAUACUCGUAUCCGACCCCCAUCGGAGGCUCUGGGACCAAAGUACCGACUCAACCAGGCAUGCCUACCCUACCCGGACACAUGGCUAUGCACAGGAUAUGGCCCUCUUCGCACUCGGUAACAGAUAUUCUGGGGAUUCGGUCGAUAACAGAGCAACAAAUUAGUGACAGUUCGCCCUUUCCCAGUGCCAAACUAGAAGAAUGGAGCGCUAUAAACAGGACUAAUUUUCCGCCGUCAGCAAGCUCUACACUAGUCAAUGGCUUGCAGGAUAAACCACGGCAUUCUAUAGAACCAGAAGCAAAAUACACACAGACGCAGAGUGGCUUGCACACAGUGAACAGUUCUGUCACAGCGCCCAGCAUCCCAGUUUACCCCCCUCCCACCCAAGUGUCGCCCUACAUGGGGUACAGCGCCACCACGUCGGCCUAUGUGACCGGUCCCACAUGGCAGCCGCACAGUGGCAGUGCUCUCUCUCACCACAGCUGUGACAACAUCGCCGCCCCACUGGCCUUCAAGGGUAUGACAGCCCAUCACCGCGAAGCCAUUCACCCCCACGCCGUCAGCGCCUCAGCACUGUAGAGAACAGACCCGCGGGGGGACGGAUGAAGAGACCAAGGACCGAAGGAGAGAGGGAGCAGGACAGAUUUGUCCUUCUGGUGUCAGCUAAUCAAAAUCACCUCUUCUGUAUUUAUGAAGGACCUAAACUAGGACCCAUAACCACAAAAACACUUCCAUACCAGAGACAUGGCAACGAGAACUAACGUCAACACGGUUUAACACUGCCCCACUAUCGACAGACAUGACUGCGCGGUCUGUGGCUUCAAAGGGACUGACUGGCGGUUUGUCAUACUUCCAUUGCGGGUAUUGUGCCAUCUUCAUCAAGAGAUUGCCUCUUAAAACCUUGUCUGCACACUUCUCUGCAAAUGUUAUUAGGGGCAGAGGCGGAAGUAUGACAAUCACGACCACAAGAAAAAAGUUUGCAUUAAAGUGUUUCAGGGUGAUAUAAAUUGAUAUUUUUUUGGAUGUU